GGGGCGGGCGGGCGGCGAGCGCUGAGCGAUGUCGCGGGCGGCGGGCGGCGAGUGCCGCAAGGAGGCGGCGGGCUGGGAGGGCGAGGACGGCGACGGGCAGUGCGACUCGGGCAUCGAGUCGCUGCGCUCGCUGCCGGGCGGGAGGGAGACCCCCGCCGCCGCCGCCGAGAUCCCCCCCGCCGCCGUUGCCGCCGGGGCCCUCGCCGAGACCGCCGCCGCCGAGGAGCGGCUCGACUCCAGCUACGGCUCCGGCGCCCUUCCCGAGCCUCUGCCCGGGCUGCCGGCCGCCUGCCGCGCCGAGGAGCCGGAGCCGCCGCCGCCGCCCGAGGGGCUCAGCCGGCAGCAGCUGGAGGCGCUCACCUACGUUUCGGAGGAGGGAGACACGUUGGUUCACCUGGCCAUUAUCCACUGCGUCCCAGCUGUGGCACUCUGCUGUAUCGCUCAGCUGCCCAGAGAGGUGCUGGAGAUCCAAAACGAUCUUUUCCAGACCCCACUCCACCUCGCCGUGUACCUGGAGCAGCCAAGCGUGAUCCAGGCACUGAUCCAUAAGGGAGUCAACCCCGGGCUGCAGGACCGCAACGGCAACACCCCGCUGCACCUAGCCUGCGAGCAGCAGUGCCUGCAGUGUGCCCAGCAGCUGCUGCAGGGCACAGCCCCAAUGGAGGGCAUGGCCCAGCCCCACGGGCACCACCAGGACCUACAGCUCCAGAACUGGCAAGGCUUGGCCUGUCUGCACAUCAGCACCUUGAAGGGGAACAUCCCGAUGAUGUCUCUGCUGCUGGAGAGCGGCGCCAACAUCGAUGUUCGGGAGGGCACGAGCGGGAAGACCCCAUUGCACCUGGCCGUGGAGUGCCACGACCGCAGGGCCGUCCAGUUCCUGCUGCGCAACGGGGCGUACGUAGACGCCCAGAUGUACAACGGGUGCACCCCGCUCCACCUGGCCGUGGGCCGCAAGGAUGCUGCCAUCGCCGCCAUCCUCUCACACUCCGGGGCUGACACCCUGCUGAGGAACAUGGAGAACGAGACAGCCCAGGACCUGGCUGACGGCAACGACGAUCUCCUUGCCUUGCUGCCCUUCGAUGACCUGAAGAUCUCAGGGAAGCCUGUUGUGUGCUCUGAAUGAGCGGCUGGACUCCUUUGGCCCGUCAGGCUGCCUCCUCGCUCUGUGCUGCUGCUGCCCUGCUGCCCGCUGGGACCUUGCCUGCCUGCAAUUCAGUGGGAGCAGAGCCACUUUGGGAGACUUAUCCCCCGCCUCUUCUCUUUGGAAAACUUUUGUUGGCCUCAGUGUGCCUUCCCAGAGGGAAGAAGGUGGCACUACGAGCACUACACAGGGUAGGCUUUUGUUUUAGUGUUUGUGCCCAGCAGCAGGACUGAAUUUCCCCUCCCUGCCAUGGGUUUGGCUUGGGGGCGUCUCCAGCUUACGCAGGGAAGGAGCAGGAGAGGACUCCUUUUCACACUGUACGAUGGAUGGAGCAUCCUCUGGCACCUCCAAACACCAUCAGAAUAAGUGUGGGGUGAGGAGAGUUAACACUCACUCUAAUAAACGUUUGUUCUUGCUGCGGGCA